GAGCUGUGAGAAGUCUUGGGCUUUUAGAUCCUUUUAAAAGGACAAGCUCAAGUUCAGAGAGUCUAAUGUGAUGAAGGCCAUGAAACGUAUUGUUGUGGGGUUCUUUGCCAUGUGGUGGGUUACAAGGUGGAGCAGCUUGGCCAUGGGAACAAACACAAUGAAGUUCCCAGUCGGAGUGAUUGUGGACGAAGGCACUUGGAUUGGGAAAUUAGGUUUGAGCUGCAUCCACAUGGCUCUUUCUGAUUUCUAUGCUUCCCACUCUCACUACAACACUAGGAUCCAUCUCACCAUCAAGCAUACUGAUGCACAUAUGAUUGCAGCUGCUUCAGCAGCUAUAGAUUUGAUAAAAAAUGUAGAGGUGCAAGCUAUCAUAGGGCCACAAUACUCAACGCAAACUAGCUUUGUAAUUGAUGUUGGUAACAAAGCUGAGGUUCCCAUCAUAUCAUUUUCAACUACAAGCCCUUCUCUCAAUAAUCCUACUACUCCUUAUUUUUUUCAAGUGGCACAGAAUGAGGCAACUCAAGUGGCAGCUAUUACAGCAAUUGUCCAAGCUUUUGGAUGGAACCAAGUGGUGCUAAUCUAUGAAGAAGGCUUAUAUGGGGAGGAAGUGAUACCUCACAUUAUGAAAACCUUGCAAGAUGCAAAUGUUCAUGUUCCCUAUCAAAUUGCAAUUUCCCCAUCAACAACUGACCAACAAAUUAUUAAAGAGCUGGCCAAUUUAAGAAUGAUGUCCAACAGAGUUUUUAUCAUACAUAUGCCACCAAUCCUAGGUUUACGUGUGUUUACCAAGGCAAGAGACAUUGGAAUGAUAAGCCAAGGCUAUGUUUGGAUCAUGACCACCUCAAUGACUAAUCUAUUAGAUUGGACAAAUUCUUCUAUCACCGACUUGAUGCAAGGGGUUGUAGGUGUGGCUUCCUAUUUUCCAAAAUCCAAAGAGGUUCAAGAUUUUGAAGUUCAGUGGAAACUAAAAUUUCAAAAAGAGAAUCCAAACAUCAUAGGAGCCCAAUUGAAUGUUUUGGGUUUGUGGGCCUAUGAUGCUGCAACGGCACUAGCCAUAGCAGUGGAGAAGGCUAGGAUUACCAAAUUGAGUUUCCAAAGGAAAAAUGUUUCUAAAUCAUGUAAUACAACAGACUUUGAAACUAUUAGGGUCUCUCAAAGUGGUUCAAAACUACAGGAUGCACUUUCCAAAACUGCAUUUAAAGGCCUUUCAGGGAAGUUCAAUUUGGUCAAUGGAGAAAUGAAUUCAAAAACUUUCCAAAUAAUCAACAUAAAUGGUGACGGAAAGAAAGUAGUAGGAUUUUGGACCCCACAUAAUGGAUUAGAAAGAGAACUGAGUCCUAAAAACAUGAGCAAAUAUUCUACAUCAAAAGCCAAUCUUAAACAAAUUAUUUGGCCAGGGGAUUCUCCCAUUGCUCCUAAAGGGUGGGAUGUAGGGGCAAAUGGAAAGAGGCUGAAAGUAGGCAUUCAAGUAAAAAGGGGAUUCUUUGAAUCUUUCAAUAUACACCAUGAUUCUGUUAAUGAUACUAUGACUUUUAAUGGCUACUGCAUUGAUAUUUUCAUAGCAGUCAUGAGAGCAUUACCAUAUAGUGUUCCUUUUGAAUUUAUCCCUUUCAACAUACCUAAUCUUGACCGUGACUAUUUACGCCCUGGAGUAUUCUAUGAUGAUUUGAUCCAGAAGGUUUAUGUUGGGGAAAUUGAUGCAGUUGUAGGAGAUUUGACUAUUAUGUUCGAGAGGUCUCAAUAUGUGGACUUCACAUUGCCCUUUACUGAAGGUGGGGUAAAUUUUCUUGUGCCAACUAAACAAAAGAACAAGGAAAAAGCUUGGCUCUUCUUAAAGCCCUUGACAUGGGAAUUAUGGCUCGCCACUGGUUGCUUCUUUGUGUUCAUUAGUUUUGUGGUUUGGGUGCUAGAACACCAAAACAACGAAGAAUUCAGGGGUUCCCCCUCCAAUCAAAUUGGCAAUAGCUUUUGGUUCUCCUUCUUAACCAUGGAUUUUGCCCAAAGGGAGAAAAUUCAUAGCAACCUGGCUCGAGUUGUGGUGAUCAUAUGGGCAUUUGUGGUGCUCAUACUAACACAAAGCUACACAGCUAGUUUUACAACGCUCUUGACUGUUCAACAACUCCAGCCGACCGUGAUAGACAUAAAUCAACUCAUACGGAGUAGGGAAUCUAUUGGGUACCAAUUGGGUUCUUAUACUUACAACAUUUUAAAACAAAUAGGCUUUGAUGAAAGUAGGCUUCGGUCUUACAAUUCUCCACAACAAUGUGAUCACCUUUUAACAAUUGGAAGCCAACAUGGGGGUAUUGUUGCUGCUUUUGAUAAAAUCCCAUAUCUUAAAGCAAUGGAAACAAGUUAUUGCUCGAAAUACACAAUGAUAGGACCUACCUAUAAUCAUCCAGGGUUUGGUUUUGCUUUCCGAAGAAAUUCGCCUCUUGUAAAUGAUGUUUCAAGGGCUAUAUUGAACUUGACAGAGAAGAAUGAAGGCGGGAUGAAAGAAAUUGAAAAUGCAUGGUUCGAGAAUGCAAGUCAUUGUAAGUGGCAGUCUGAUGUGGAGGCAACCUACAGUCUCAAUAUUGAUAGCUUUCGGGGACUAUUCCUAAUUGCAGUACUAGCUUCAUCCUUAGCUCUCGUUGUUCACAUAGCUAUGUUCCUUAUCGAUAGCUGGAAACAUUUGAAUUGCUUUGAUCCAUCAGACCCUUUCUUCAAAAGAAUUUGUGUCAUGGUAAAAGUUUUCUACCAUCACUACAACACAAACACUCCAUUCCUAGCUGCUCCACAAACUACCACACAUCAAGUACCCUAAGCCUCACUAAAAUUGGGUGACUAAAUAAAUCUUGGAUUAGUCUUCUUCUUCUAAUCAUAAAUCUGGAUCCUUCAUAUUGUAUUUGUAGUUUUCUUUUUUAUUUUAUUCAACUACUACACAUCAAGGCAUCAUUCGAUACCUUAUUUUUGUUUGGUUUUGUUUUCAAAAACUCACUACUAUAAAAAGGGCCUACGAGAGUUCUUGUUUUUAGCCUUCAAUAGUGUUUCUAAAGCACUCCUAAAUAUAGCACUCGUGUAAAUGUGAGAGUGCUUUUCCAAUAAGGUGAUCUUACGAGAGCAUUUCUACUACAGCACUUCAAAGUGCUCCUAUUUUUUAUCAGACAAAACAUUGAUGAAAUGGUGCAUCAUGUUCAUGUGAGAAUUUCUCUGAAAAACAAAAGCACUAGUAACCUUUCUAGGAUGGAUAUAUUUUAAGACUGCCUAUAAAUAAAGAGA